AUGUCCACUAUUGCAACCAAGUUUGUUACAGAUUACAAACUUACUACUAAGAUGAGUCUUGAAGAGCUUAGUCAAUACACAUCAAAAAUACUUGACCUCUUAACAGAUGAUAAAGAGAAAAGAUGCCAAGUCUGUAAUUAUCUUAUAAAGAGUAUAACUUUAGCAAAGAGUAAGGCAGAAGCCAAGAAAAUGAAUAUAUAUCAAGUAUCUGAUAGUAUUUGUUCCAGAAAAACUAUUAAAGAAACAGCUCAGUGUAUUAUGAAAGAUAAACUUAGUAAAAGAGAUAUAAAAGUGAUAUCUAAAACCUUAGUCAAAACUGAUUCAGAUUUUGUUGUUGAAGCAAUCAUUUUUGAGAAGUUAAAAGAUUCAGAAAAGCUUGAAUCUACAUACUUAAGUAUGUUUCUGAAAAAAGAUGAGUUACUUCUAGAAAGCA